AUGCCUCUGUGGCUACAACCACAGUUAACAGAAGGCUCCAUGGUUGCCAUGGAUCCUAAUAGUAACAUCUCCACUAUGGCUCAGGUUGAUGACAUCAUACAGGGAACCAAACAGCCCAGCACCAGCAUGGGAGCAAGACCGAAAACCUUGCUUCCUUCUUCAUCAUCUUCUUUUUUUGCAGCAAGGGGCAGUUCUAUGACUUUUCCAACUUUCCCAGUACCAGUAAGAAAGAAAACAGUCAGCAGGAAUGGCGAAUUCAAUACCAUCAAGGGUCUGCCAUCAUCCUAUGUCAAACUCUGGGAUGCAGAAUGUGACAGAGCUCUCCCUGAUGAGAUGUUUAUUACAAGGCAAGACCCAGUGAAGACUGAAGCCAGACAUGAAAACUGUGGGCAAAGUAAUGAGGACUUUGUCAUGAAAACUGAAUUGGAAAACCAUUUACAAACUGAAGCAGAGGAAAUGCCAGGCAGCUGGCUUAAUCAUAGCAACAGUUUAACAUUUUAUAGUAACAGUGUAACUGAUCAUCUGAGUGUCCGUGGGGAAAGGCAAAACAAUAUCUCCCCAACACAUAAACAAACGCUCAUUAGGCAGACUUUGCAUAAAGGUGUUAUGAAUGCCGAAUGUUUUUCAGAUAGAAAAAAUGUAACACUGCAGAAGAUCAGUCAUACUGGUCAAAAUCCCUUUACCAUGUGUGACAAAAGCUUUACACAGAAUAAUGACAUGGCAAUACUUCAGAAUGUCCAGGUUUGUCAGCAAAAGUCUCAUCAGCAUCUCCAUAUUAGCCUAACACCAUGUAACUCUACCACAUGUGAAAAGAGUUUUUCAUACAAAGGCGAUAUGUUGAAUCAUCAGAUUCACAGUGAGCAGAAGACAUAUAAAUGUACCAUGUGUGACAGGAGUUUUAUACACAAGAACCGACUGGCACUUCAUCAGAAGAUGCAUACAGGGCAGAAGCCAUACAAAUGUACCACAUGUGACAAGAGUUUUGCACUAAAGGGAAAUCUGGUCCAACAUCAGAGGAUCCACAAUAGCAUGGAAAUCUAUAAAUGCACCAUGUGUGAUAAGAGUUUUGUAUACAAAAGCAGUUUGGUGACUCAUCAGGGUCUCCACACUGGGCAAAUGCCAUACAAAUGUUCCAUGUGUGACAAGAGUUUUAUAAGGAAGAACCAACUUGCACUUCAUCAGAAGAUGCAUACAGGGCAGAACCUAUACAAAUGUGUCACGUGUGACAAGAGUUUUGUAUACAAAGGCAGCAUGCUGAAUCAUCAGGUACACUGUGGGCAGAAGCCAUAUAAAUGCACCAUGUGUGACAAGAGUUUUGUAAACAAAAGCAGUUUGGUGACUCAUCAGUGGCACCACACCGGGGAGAAGCCAUAUAAAUGUUCCAUGUGUGACAAGAGUUUUGUACUUAAGACUGAUGUGGUGAGACAUCAGUAUAUCCAUAGUGAUCAAAAACCAUUUAAAUGUACCAUGUGUGACAGGAGUUUUAUACAGAAGAGCAAACUGAAACUUCAUCAGAAGAAGCAUACAGGGCAGAAACCAUAUAAAUGCAUCAUGUGUGACAAGAGUUUUGUCACCAAGAGUCAACUGGUACUUCAUCAAAAGAUGCACUCUGGGCAGAAACCAUACAAAUGUACAGUGUGUAACAAGAGUUUUGGAUGCAAAAACAGUGUGAUAAUUCAUCAGAGGCUUCACAGUGGUCAGAAGCCAUAUAAAUGCACCAUGUGUGACAAGAGUUUUGUAUGGAAGAGUCAACUAGUAGUUCAUCAAAAGAUGCACUCUGGACAGAAACCAUACAAAUGCACUGUGUGUGACAAAAGUUAUGGAUGCAAAAACAGUAUGAUGAUUCAUCAGAGGCUCCACAGUGGGCAGAAGCCAUAUAAAUGUACCAUGUGUGACAAGAGUUUUGCACAAAAGAAGUGCUUAAUGAGGCAUCAGUAUACCCACAGUGGACAGAAGCCAUAUAAAUGUUCAAAGUGUGACAAGAGUUUUGUACGCAAGACUCACUUAGUGAGACACCAGUAUACCCAUAGUGAGGAGAAACCAUAUAAAUGUACCAUGUGUGACAGGAGUUUUAUAGAGAAGAACCGACUGGCACUUCAUCAGAAGAUGCACUUUGGGCAGAAGCCAUAUAAAUGCACCACAUGUGACAAGAGUUUUGUAUACAAAAGCAGUGUGGUGAUUCAUCAGAGGCUCCACAGUGGGCAGAAGCCAUAUAAAUGCAGUGUGUGUGACAAAAGUCUUCUGACGAAGAGUCAACUGAUACGUCAUCAAAGGAUGCACUCUGAGCAAAAACCAUAUAAAUGCACCAUGUGUGACAAGAGUUUUGCAUACAAAAACAGUGUGAUGAUUCAUCAGCAGCUCCACAGUGGGCAGAAGUCAUAUAAAUGCACCAUGUGUGACAAGAGUUUUGCAUACAGAAGCAGUGUGGUCAUUCAUCAGAGGAUUCACAUUGGACAGAAGGAUGAAAAUAUGAGCCACAAAGAAUCAUAGAAAAUUAUGAAGUUUAUAUCACAUGGGAUCACCCAAUACCAACAGUUCAAAAGAUAGAUGCUAGAAAACCAGAUAUAGUGGUCCAA